GCAGCAAUUCUAGCAGCCUGUGUUGUUGCAGAGGUGCAAUCGGCAGCAUGGUGAAGUCUUGCCUCGCGGACGUGCAGGAGGCGCCGGGAUUCUUGCUUUCGGUGGCUGGCGUGGUGUUCGCGUCUCUGCUGGCCGUUACCCUCUCUUCUUGGAGAAGAGACGCGGCGAAGAACAAAGCGCGGGUUGCACGGGCCCUGAGCGACGAAGCUGUGGCUUCUGCCAAGAGACGGCAGGCGAAAACGUACCCGGAGUUCACGAUGGACGCGGUGCACAUGCACUGCACAGCGAAGGAUGCUUGGGUCGUCAUCGGGGACGGUGUCUACGACGUAGGCAAGUGGGCUCCGCAUCACCCAGGAGGAGAACGCAACAUCGUCGACAUCUCCGGCAGAGAUGUAACGGACGUGUUCGAGGCGUUUCACCGUGAGCCGCGGCACCGACAGAAGCUCGAGGGUUUCCGGAUCGGCACGCUAGUGGGGUACACACCUUCACCGCUCGUGCAGGACUUCAGGGUUCUUAGGCAGGAGAUUGAGGACGAGGGGCUGUUCGAGAUCGAUCCAUGGUUUUUCAUCAAGAGAUACAUCGUUCUGCUGCCGAUCCUAGCGCUCGGCGCCUACAUCGUUAUCACGUAUCGCGGCUGCACGGGAAUACAGCUCUGUGGGGCUGCUCUCGUGGGUUUCUAUUGGCAGCAACUGGCGUUCUUGGGCCACGAUGCCGGGCACCGCAGCCACACAGUUGACCGGGCCUCGGACGACUUCACGGCGUACUGCCUUAUCCUUCCCCUUCUCGGGAUCGGUCCGCAAUGGUGGAUUGACUCCCACAACAUCCACCACGUCGUGUGCAACGAUGUACACUGCGACCCGGACAUCCAGCAUCUCCCGUUCAUGGCGAUUUCGCCCAAGUUCUUCGCCUCGUUGUACUCGGUGUACCACGACAAGAUCAUGGUCUACGACUUCCUUGGUCGGUGCCUUGUGUCCGUGCAGCACCUUCUUUUCUACCCCCUCAUGUGCGUGAGCCGAACCUUCCUGUACGUCCAGUCCAUCGUGUUCGUUCUCGCAAAGGCCAGGGCCAAGAAGAGGGUGCACGAGCUGCUCUCGUACGUUAUCUUCUUCUGCUGGAACGCCUACCUCUGCAGCCACUUGCAGGGUGCUUGGCCACGGGCUUCCUACUUCUUGGUAUCCCACGCGGUGUCAGGUAUCCUGCACGUCCAGAUCACGCUCAGCCACUUCUCGAUGGACGUCACGGAGCAGCCUCAGUACCGUAACGAUAAGGAAGGGUGGGUGGUGACGCAGCUCAACACGACCUUGGACGUUGACUGCUACCGGUGGAUGGACUGGUUCCACGGAGGGCUCCAGUUCCAGACGCUGCACCACCUCUUCCCCAAGCUGCCGAGGUACAACUUGAGGACGGUCCAGUCGCGCGUCGCUGCCUUGGCCGAAAAGCACGGCCUCACCUACCACCUGUAUCCCUUCCUGCAGGCGAACAUCAAGACCUACCUUGCGAUGAGGGAGACGGGCCGGCAGGCUUGGACUAAACCGAACUUCAAGUUUACGGAUUCGAUGCUCUACGAAGGAGCUUCAUUAGUGGGGUAGAGUGGUCGCGCGGCUAGUGCUCCAAGAUCGUUCGAUCGGUAUAUACUUGAAAGGAGCGUCAUUAGGGUAUCAGUUGACAGUUCGAUGAACAGUCCAGAGGGGGGGUCUUGGAGCAGGGGAUGAGAUACCGUGAGGAAGGUUCCGGAUUAUUUUCGCCAACGUUUUAAGAUAUCGCUCUGCAACGCCCGACGCGUCGCGUUUUGGGCAUUGGAACAAAUCAACGCCGCGCUUUUGACAGCAUUCGCGUUUGUUUCAGAUCGCCCAAAUUUUGGCUUCAUGAUUUCCUGGUUAGUUUUGGCAAACGAUUUGUAUCAUAUCGGGUAUGGCACUGUCACUGAUUUUCUCAAAACGCAUGGUACUGUUUUCUAUUUAGUGUGGUGGUUUUCUUCUGGCAUCUCACAGAUGGGUGUUGGGUUCUUUGUGGUUGUUGUUCCACAUUUUUCGAUUUGCCUCCGUGUCUGAAUUAAGCUUCGAUCGUGCAAAAAUCCCAGCUGACCUUGUGAAAAGACAUCAGGUAGAGACAUGAGUCCUCCAGGAAUGCACAAAAUACAGGACCCGCUUUUGUCAGCUGCACCUCUUUCGCUGCACGUGCGCGUGCUUCAUCGCUAGUCGUUCUAGUGAGUGCCUAGGUUAGGGUUCAGACUUUUGAGCUGUGUGAAAAGACAGGGUUUGUGUUCGGCAUGAUAUACCGCUUAGCGACGCUACUGGCGUCAUUUUCCAAACCACAACUCCGCUAGAAAAGGGUUGUUCAUUGGACGUGAGUCAGGCGUAGAAUCGAAUCGAAUAGUCGCGGGCUUUCCUGAAAGGAUGGGUUCUUUUCAGUCAUUCAAGAUUAUCUAUGGUUGUCAAUUUUGCAUCGGUAUUUGCUCAAUGGGCCAAUAGAAUUCUUCAAAUAGGCCGUUCGGAUUUCUCGUCUUGGGUGGAAAUCUCGCGAUAGCGUGAAAUCAUAUUUUAGCAAUUAAACGGUGGUUGUUUACUUUGGCCGCAAGCGUUAGCCGUGCCCUUCACGUGUGAUGAGCUACCACGGGGCGCUUCGUGCGCGCACACUUUGCCCUCUCAGAUUGCGGAUGGCAGCCGCCGACCCUUUGAAAUUUGGGGUCCUGUGAAUCUGGUGUUCUGCUGAUUCGGACGACAUGCCAAUCAAUAUCAUCCUCGCUUGAAAUUUUGCCACUCUUGUUUUUCACGCGUGGUUGUCCGCCACAUGUUCUCGAUUCUUUGGGUCCUGUUGUAUUUUUGUUAAGUGUACAGUUGGCGAGCACUCCCUCUUCGUGCUGAGCGGCUCAGGAUAUUUUUGCGGUCGCGCCAUUGCUCGAAUCUUAAGACGGAUGGAAGGGAUGUUCCGGACCAGUGGCCAGAGACGUGGUGGGGGUUGGGGGUACUCGUACUCAUAGUCGUGCAUGCCGUAGUCGUAGACAUUUGACCGCGCAUCCCUGCAAAGCCGGGACGGAGCACGCAAGGUUCUCACCGGACCAGGUGCUCACAUCACCAAGCGCGAAGCAUCGUGAGGUGUUCGGCGAGUCGCAUUAAGGGUACGCGGUAUCCUGCGAAGGGUGUUGGGCAUCUUGUGCUUAGAUGUGGUGGGGCGGGUUCCAUUUCGCCUGUAUCUGCUGUGCGUGUAAAAUGGUGGCUCGUUGAGUCUCUGCAAUAAUAUAAUAGCAACAUAUCGUAAGCUUUCCUCAGCUGGAUAUUCUUUUGGUCACGUGGAUGGCAAUGGGUUGACCCGUGUGGACAGGCUGUCCCUUCCCGCUUUCGUUCACAACGUGCGGCUAAAAUAGGGCUUUGAGAGCGUAGAUUGUACGUUGCUUUCUGUCUGUGGCUGCCUCUUUGGGUAAACAAAUCAGAGUGUCGGAAUCACUAGACAAAAGCACAAGCCGGUAUCUAGAGUAUGCCAGGAUUCGAUUCGACACACGGAUUCGACCUUCCGCUACACUUCUCGCACUACUGUACACACGUUGCCGGAACUCCAGCUUCAGACG